AUGCCAGGAACAAAUUUAAUUGUUCCUGUUGUUUUGUGGGGGAAACAUGCACCAACGCAUUGCAUAUCAUCCGUUUACCUUUCGAGAGACCAGAAAACACUGGUCACUGGGUGUUAUGAUGGGCAAAUAUGUAUUUGGCAAGUGAAUCCAGAUUCACUUAAGAUGACACCUCGGUGCUUGCUUGUUGGCCACACAGCACCUGUUACCUGUCUAUCUAGAGCAUCUAUUAUACAGGAUAAUAACUUUAUAGUGAGUUCAUCAGAGGCGGGAGAGAUGUGUACAUGGGAUCUUGUUGAUGGAAAGUGUCGGGAGAGUGUGAAAUUAACACAAGUGCACACAAACAUACAGGCAUACCAUAUGUGCAAUAGUGAAGAUUUGAGACUGUUUUGCAAUGGGUAUUAUGCAGAAAUUCUCAUAAUAGACCCGUUUUCAUUGGAAAUCUUAUUUUCUUUGAGUUCCAAAAUGAACCCAGAUUGGAUAUCAGCACUACAUGUUUUGCGUCCAUCGUCUAGAAAAGAUGACGUCGUGUUGGCUAUAUCUAUUACCGGAACUGUCAAAGUGUGGUCUCUCCUAGGACACGAGAAUAAACAGUCUGAGCCGAUAUACGAGAACGAGUCAAAACAAAUACGGUGUUUAAACGCCCUAUCACUGAAUUGUUGUGCGUACAACCAACGCACAGUUCUGAUCGUAUGCGCGAAGUAUUGCCAGAUAUAUGAUGCGGGUGAUUUUUCGGUGCUGUGCUCCAUACAAGCGCCGUCCGGUGAGAGAUGGAUGUCUGGUGACUUUCUCGCUCCGGACAGAGUCCUCGUAUGGUCCACUGAAGGGAAAGGAUAUCUUUAUAAACUACCCGCAAACAAACUGCGCGGACGGGCUAUUAAUAGUUCCGUUCCUGACCAUAAAGGCUUUCAUGGACCAACUGUGGACCAUGAUAGUCCUGUUUUGUAUGGAAUUUUGGCUCACCCAGAUAAUAAGCUUCUAUCAUGCCCUCCAGCCAUGAGGUUCAUCCUAACAUCUGUGGGUGGGAAGCAACGUAGACUCUUACUGAGAGGAGAUUCAGCUGGAGUGGUUCUUCUGUGGAAUGUGGAUGAUGCAUCAAUGCCUGUACCCAAUAAGGUUAUGUCGCGUGCGCCCAUAGUGACAACCAGUUUGGAAAUGGCUUGGGCGGAGAUGAGUCCCAGCCCAGUGGGUAUUCUGGAUCAAUUGAGCCAUCCUGACGAACCGGAAAUUAAAUUGACUGCCUCUAUAUAUCUAUUGGCCGCAAAUCGUUUGGUUGUUGGCAGAGAAGAUGGUUCAAUAAUAAUAGUUAAUGCUACCCAUACGGUUCAACUUCAACUGUUACAUGGAAACCAUCAACAGUUAGACGAUUGGCCACCUCAUCAGUUGUUAUUGGGACACAAUGGACGCGUAAACUGUCUUCUGUACCCGCAUCAUGUUCAUCAAAGGUAUGACAGAGCCUAUCUUGUAUCCGGUGGAAUAGACUUUGCGGUUUGUCUAUGGGACCUGUUCAGUGGGGCGCUGCUCCAUAGAUUUUGCGUUCACGCGGGAGAGAUCACCCAAUUGAUCGUUCCACCUCAUAACUGCAGUCCAAGGAUUCAGAAAUGCAUUUGCGCUGUCGCAUCGGACCAUAGCGUCACGCUCUUGAGUUUAACUGAACGGAAGUGCGUAACACUCGCUUCCCGCCACCUAUUUCCGGUUGUGACGAUAAAAUGGCGUCCGGCUGAUGACUUUAUGGUGGUCGGAUGUAGUGACGGCACUGUUUAUGUUUGGCAAAUGGAGACUGGGCAUUUGGAUAGAGUUUUAAAUGGUAUGAUAGCUGAAGAGGUUCUAGCGGCCUGUGAUGAUACAUCGGCUGAUGAACUUGGAGGCUCUAUAUCAUCAGGCACAGACCUGCAAGGUCUGGCUAAUCCAGCUGUGCAUUUCUUUAGAGGUCUUCGACAUCGCAACCUCACUGCAAUGCGAGCGGCAACUCAACGCGGUCUGGCUGCCUUGCACGCAUCAGAGCGCGGCUCCAAUGCCGGCCCGUUAGCUGAACCAGCUCGGGCCAGGCCUCCACCCCUGACCAUACAGGGCUUCAGGUCUAAUCCUGCUGACCCAGAGAGCCACAUACUCUUCUUCGACAUCGAGGGUCUGAUAGUGGAACUGCUCAGCGAGGAGUAUUCAGCCAUGAGUCCAGCUAGUUUGGAAGCGGCCGGUCUGAUCACCAGCGAGUAUAUGAAGGUGGCAGCUCUGACGCAGUCGGCGAGUCCGGACGCGGCGAAGAAAAUAUCAGAUUUCUUCGGGCGUGUAAAAGAUAAAGCAGGAGAUAUGGAACGGCUCUUGAAAGAGAAGGACAAGCAUGGUAUUUUAGCUAAGAUGAAAGAAGGUGCUGAGAAUAUGCAGACUAAAAUACAGGCCAAGGCCGAGCAAAUGAAAAGUCAACUCGACGCGAAAGCAAUAUUCCUUAUAUCGGAAACACUAUCCCAGGAUGUGUUUGAAACUUCACUGGAUGAUGACACAGAUGUCUACAAUAAUGUGAACAUGAUGAACGCAUUGCGUAAAAAGAAAAGGCUGUUUGAAAACCUAUUUAAAAGACCGAAGAAAAUGCCAAAAGAAGAGGAUGUGGAUUCAUUUAAUUGGGAGAUCAUAAAAGCGAUACUGCCGAAGUUAAAGAAAUUGCCGUGGGACUGGAUUCUGAAUAUGAUAAGACGGGCGAUCCGUAAUCGUCUGGGUGAAUAUUGA